CGAGCUGUGCCGGGUCUGUUGCUUGACAACUAACGUCGAGGCUGGGUGUGUGCCGCUAGUGCUCCUCACUAACUUCUCUCUUUCGUGACGAUGACGACGCACUUCUCGUACCCCGAGCCUGCGCUGCAGGAGGAGCUUCGUCGCAUCGCUAACGCCAUCGUCAGGCCUGGCCAUGGUAUCCUGGCGGCAGACGAGUCCACAGGCACGAUGGGCAAGCGCCUGCAGGCGAUAGGCGCUGAGAACACCGAGGAGAACAGGCGCAAGUACAGACAGCUGCUGUUCACCAGUGACAAGGAGCUGGCCAGUUACGUGUCGGGCGUGAUCCUCUACCACGAGACGCUCUAUCAGAAGGCGGACGACGGCACGCCUUUUGUCGACCUCAUCAAGCGCAUGGGCAUCAUCCCCGGCAUUAAGGUGGACCAGGGCGUGGUUCCUCUAAUGGGUUCAGAAGAGGAGUCGACGACGCAGGGUCUGGACGACCUGGGAAAGCGGUGCGCGCAGUACAAGAAGGAUGGUUGCGACUUCGCCAAGUGGCGCUGCGUUCUCAAGAUCGGCGCCAACACCCCCAGCUUCCACGCCAUCGCUGAGAACGCUAACGUCCUUGCCAGAUACGCUUCCAUCUGCCAGAUGAACGGCCUCGUGCCCAUCGUCGAGCCCGAGGUUCUGAUGGACGGUGCCCACGAUCUGGAGAGGGCGCAGAAGGUGACGGAGGUGGUGCUGGCGUUCACCUACAAAGCCCUAAGCGAUCACCACGUCUUCCUGGAGGGCUCGCUCCUGAAGCCCAACAUGGUGCUGGCCGGCCAAUCCUGCCCUAAGAAGUACACCCCACAGCAGGCUGCGGAGGCGACGGUGCUGGCGCUGUCCCGCACGGUGCCGCCAGCGAUGCCCGGCGUGUGCUUCCUGUCCGGCGGCCAGAGCGAAGAGGAGGCCACCGUCCAUCUGGACGCCAUCAACCGCACCACCAUCGCCAAGAAGCCGUGGGCGCUCACCUUUAGCUACGGCCGCGCUCUUCAAGCCUCCGCCAUUAAGGCGUGGGGCGCUAAAGAGGCCCAAGUGAAGGCGGGUCAGGAGGAGCUGCUCAAGAGGGCCCGGGCCAACAGCCAAGCCAGCCUGGGUCAGUACGCGGCAGGCACCGUCUCUGGGGCCGCGGGCCAACAGGGCCUCUUCGUCAAGAACCAUCAAUAUUAGUGGGCCUUCUGUGCUUGUGGGGCCAUCAGUGCUAGCGGGGCCAUCAGUGCUAUUGGGCCUACAGUGCUAGUGGGGCCAGCAGUGCUAGUGGGGCCAGCAGUGCUAGUAGGGCCAUCAGUGCUAGUGAGCCAUCAGUGCUAGUGGGGCCAUCAGUGCUAGUGGGGCCACCAGUGCUAGUGGGCAACACUAUCAUUAAUGUUGAAGAUAUCAUCGGCAGCUGAUGGUGAAGGCUUGUCGGCAGUUCAGUGUUGUUAUCUAUGAUCAAUAUUCCUGUUAUCUAUUACCGUAUCACUAUUCCUGAGUACGAACUUGUACGGCAUCUAUGAUGACUGAUCAUUAUCUUUAUUAUUAUAAUGAUUAGUCAAUUAUUCUCUACUAUGUAAAGACUUAACAAACAUUCCAAAGUCAUGAGAAAUUAAUGGUGUCUUGGGAUAGACCGAAUGAGUAUUUGUCUUUGAUUAAUUCAAGCGAGUGAAAAAAAAGUUCUACUAUGCCGAUAAAUCGAAAUUAACCGAAUGUGCUCAAUUUUUAAAUUACCCCAACUCAUUAAUUAUUAACCAUAGGCCCAUAGUUAAUUAAUAUCUCGACAAUGUUCCGCCAUCGCGUAAUCUUUCCCCAAGUUAACUUAAAAACUUGAAGUCAUUCUUCCAUUUAAGUUUUAUUUUGGACAGAAAUGUAUUAUUCGUAUAAUGAUUUUCCCUCAAGGUUCAACAUUAUCAAGAAAUAUAUGUGUUAUUGUCUUACAUUCAGUCAAAAUGAUGGUGCACUGACCCGAAGUCGUCAAAUGUUAUGGAAAAUUAUGAAGAAAUAAAUUUGAUAAUAUAUGGCUCACG